ACCAUAUAAAGAGUGAUUGUCUCAAAGCACCAAGCACCACAAUCGGUCUUCGGCAACACGAAGACGUCAACAUGAAGUUUACGGUUUUAAUAAUAGCUUCGCUAGCUGUGGUGGCCUUUGCCGGUGAGGAGAAAGGUGCACCUAAAGCAGCUGACGAGAAGAAACAAGAGAAACGUGGAAUCUACGACACCGGCUCAUACGGCGGUGGUUACGAAGAACACGGCCAUGGAGGUUACGGCGGUGGAGAUUUCGGUCAUUCAGGCCAAGAAAGCUACGGUCAUGGACAUGAAUUCGGUGGAGCAUCAGAAGGCUGGAAACCCAUCCAGAAUGAACAUGAACAUCACCAACAUCACCACGUAAAAACAAUCGAAGUGAUCAAAAAAGUCCCAGUCCCCUAUACUGUAGAAAAACACGUACCCUACACAGUUGAAAAGAAAGUGCCUUAUGAAGUAAAAGUACACGUGCCACAGCCUUACACUGUUGAAAAGAAAGUGCCAUUUUCCGUCAAAGAGUACGUUAAAUAUCCAGUGUACGUACCAGAACCUUACACAGUCGAAAAGAAAGUACCUUAUGAAGUCAAAGUCCCAGUUGACAAGCCUUUUGAAGUCAAAGUUAAAGUACCCACUCCAUACACAGUUGAGAAGAAAGUGCCCUAUGAAGUCAAAGUGCCCUACCCACAACCAUACACUGUUGAAAAGAAAUAUCCAGUCCCAGUUAAAUAUGAGGUGAAAGUACCACAGCCUUAUGAAGUCAUAAAGAAGGUUCCUUAUGAAGUCAAAGUACCAGUUGAUAAGCCUUACAAUGUGUAUGUUCCCAAACCUUACCCAGUUCCAGUUGAAAAACCAUACCCAGUAACUGUCCACAAGCCAGUGCCGUAUGAAGUCAAGGUCCCAGUCGACAGACCGUACAAGGUAGAAGUUGAGAAACCUUACCCAGUUCACAUUAAAGUACCCGUACCUAAACCAUAUGAUGUGUACAAGAAGAUUCCUUACACAGUCGAAAAGAAAGUGCCUUAUGAAGUUAAAGUACCAAUCGACAAGCCUUACCCAGUUUACCAGGAAGUAAAAGUACCUUUGGUAAAGGAAGUCCCUUACCCUGUUAAAGUACAUGUGCCUAUUUACCUGAAAAAAGAAGAGGAACACCACGGCUGGCAUUAAACAACUUUCUCACAAAGUACCUUGUAGGUUAAGUUCGAAAUGUGAUCAUUAGUAUUUUAGUAAUAUUUUUAUGAAUUUGUUUUAUAUUUUGAAGUGAAGAGUUUGAUAAAUUCAAUGUUUUAAUAUCGUUUGUUAUUACUUGUGUAUAUGCUUUUAUUGACUGUAUUUUGUGAAUGAAACAACAUUUACGUUUACAAUGACGCUGAGGCUGAUUUAAUAAAAAAAACAUUAUCUAUAAA